CCGGUCAUUUGGAGAUGGUCAUUAUUGGGGAACUGGAAAUUACAACCUCAAUAGGCAUAAUAGCAGUCAGAUUUGAUUGAUAUAGUAAUUGUCUGCUUACCAUACUGCAUAACUAAACUAAUCAAUCAAAUUGAUGAUCUCCGGAUCGGUUACAUACCCACGUUUCAUAGAGCGGUUCCAACUUCUGUAGUUCUCCACUUUGUAAGUCCACUUUGUCGCCAUGAGUUUGUACUUGAAACCAGAACACGUACUCCAAGGGGGGUACUGCAAUGCUACAUUGCGAAAACUUCAAGAGCCGAAUACAAGUAUUCAGACUCAUAAUGUGAUGUACCCAGUCUUUUUGUUAGAGAAUGAUGAUGCUAUCCAGCCCGUGUCCAGCAUGCCCAAUGUUUACCGAUAUGGUGUCAAUCAGCUGAUCCCGGCUCUGGCAGACUUGGUGAAGAAAGGACUGGAAUCCAUUCUAGUGUUUGGAAUCAUUGAGACACUGCCAAAGGAUGCAAAUGGUAGUCACGCUGACAGCGAUAGUAACCCGGUCAUGAGAGCCCUGCCCAAACUGAAGGCAGCCUUCCCUGGUCUUGUGGUGGCGUGUGACGUGUGCCUCUGUCCGUACACUUCACAUGGACACUGUGGAGUGCUGCAGCCCACUGGGGUUAUAGAUCACGCUGCAUCAGUGAAGAGGAUCGCUGAAGUGGCUCUUUCUUAUGCCAUGUCUGGAGCUGACAUCGUAGCCCCGUCAGACAUGAUGGACAAUAGAAUAAAAGCGAUAAAAGAAGCUCUUUUUUCCACUAAUUUAGGAAAUAAGGUGUCGGUGCUGUCGUACUCGUGCAAGUUCGCGUCGUCGAUGUACGGCCCAUUCCGAGAGACCAUGAAGAGUGCGCCGCUGGCCGGCGACCGCAAGUGCUACCAGCUGCCGCCCGGCGCCGCCGGCCUCGCCGCGCGCGCCGCGGCGCGCGACGUGGCGGAGGGCGCCGACCUGCUGAUGGUGAAGCCGGGGCUGCCCUACCUCGACAUCGUGCGUCAGACCAAGGACCUCCAUCCGCACCAUCCACUGUUCGUGUACCAGGUGUCCGGAGAGUACGCGAUGAUCUCGCGCAGCGGAGACAACAACGAGAUGGAAACCACUCUCAUGGAGAUGCUGCUCUGCAUGCGGAGAGCUGGUGCUGACUGCAUCAUAACCUACUUCGCGCCGUUGGUUUUAGACAUAAUAUCAAAAAGGACGGCGCAUUAAUUAUAAAAAAUUGUUAACGUUUCAUAUAGGCUAAGUUCUAUUUGUAGAUAUUGCUCAAAUGGUUAAAAUAAGUACAUGAACUGUUGUUUUAUUAUUGGAUGUUAUAUUAAAACAUUAUUAUUA